CGGGCGGGCCGAGGGCUCCCCAACCCAGCCCAGCCCGGCCCGACCCGGCCCGGCCGGGCGGGCAGAGCGGGGCGGCGGUGCCCGGGGGCGGAAUCGCUGCGGGGCCAUGGGGCAGGUCGCUGCCCUCUCCCUGAGCCGGCUGAGCGCUCGCUGCUGGCAGAGGCUCCUCUGGCCCGGCCCCGCGCGGAUCCCAGGUGCCCUCCCCGCCCGCAGCCUGUCCUCCAUGGCCGCCAGCAUCCGCUUCUCGCCGGCCGCCCGCAGCCUCUUCGACGAGCCGCUGGGCAUCGCCGUGCAGGGCCUGGGCCCGCGGCAGCAGGUCACGCUGCGGGCAUCCUUGCGGGACGAGGCGGGCGAGCUCUUCGAGGCCCACGGCCGGUACCAGGCGGCGGACGACGGGGAGCUGGACCUGGCCCGCUGCCCCGCGCUGCCGGGAGGCAGCUUCAGCGGCCUGGAGCCCAUGGGGCUGCUCUGGGCUCUGCAGCCCCGCAAGCCCUUCUGGCGGCUGGUGAAGAAGGACGUGCAGACCCCCUUCCGCCUGCAGCUGGAGGUGUUGGAGGGCCACUGGGACCCCCCCGGGCAGCUCCUGGCCCAGGCCGAGCACGAGCGGCUGUUCCUGCGGGACGGGGUGCGCAGGGUGCCGGUGCGAGAGGGGAGGAUCCGGGCCACGCUCUUCCUGCCCCCCGGAAAUGGCCCCUUUCCUGGAAUUAUUGACUUGUAUGGAACUGGAGGAGGACUCCCUGAAUACAGGGCUUGCCUGCUGGCCAACUAUGGCUUUGCUGUGCUGGCUCUGGCUUUCUACGGCUAUGAAGAUCUCCCCAAAGAGAUGAAGGAGUUCCACCUGGAAUAUUUUGAAGAAGCCAUAAACUACAUGUUAAAACACACCCAGGUGAAAGGUCCAGGGGUUGGGCUGCUUGGAUUCUCGAAGGGGGGUGACCUGUGCCUCUCCAUGGCCUCGUUCCUGAAGGGCAUCACGGCCACCGCUGUGAUCAAUGGCUCGGUGGCGAACGUGGGCGCAGUGCUCCGCUACAAGGAUAUCACCAUUCCCCCCCUCGGUGCCGAUACAAAACGCAUCAAGAUCAACAAGUCUGGGAUUGCUGAUAUUAUCGAUGUACUGAACAACCCGUUAGAAGGGCCCAACCGCCGAAGCUUUAUCCCUUUGGAGAAGGCCGAGUGUCGCUUUUUGUUCAUUGUUGGCCAGGAUGAUCACAACUGGAAAAGUGAAUUCUUUGCAGUUGAGGGGAGCAAACAUUUGCAGGCACAUGGGAAGGAAAAGCCUGAGAUAGUCUGUUAUCCUGGAGCAGGGCAUUAUAUCGAACCCCCCUUUUUCCCAAUGUGUGCAGCCUCAAUGCACCUGCUAGUUGGCAAGCCUGUGAUGUGGGGAGGGGAGCCCAAGGCACACUCUGAGGCACAGAGAGAUGCCUGGCAGCAGAUCCAAGCCUUCUUCCACAGGCACCUCAAUGGCAAGCCCUCUGGAACAACUAAUAAGCUGUGAUGCGAGUUAGGUUACUUUCCAGAGGAAGAUGCUAGUGUUUCAGAUUAGUUUUGUUAUAUGGCUCUGAGUGAGAGCAAAGAACAUCAGCAAAUAAGUCGUUGAGUUUCUUCAAGGAAGAUAGUGAGAGCCAUGAAAGCUGCUUCCUUUUCACGCUGUCCUCUAACCUCAGUGACGUGUUGGCCUCCUUACUGUGUGUGGUUUGGGUUUCCAAGCUGUGGAAAAAUGGUGGUGGCAAGGCUGGGUCUGUUCUGAAUGAGCUUAAGUGGAAGGUAACUAAGUUGAGCUGAGAAAUGGGAUGAAAAUUUACCUUGCAGGGCUUCCUUAUAGGAAACAUGUUGGAUGCCGUUGUCCUUACCAGAGAUGGUUUCUUGCACUAUUCUUUCUAGAAGCAGCUUUUCUUUCUGCCUACCUCCAGUGAUCUUCCCCUUCUCCAGGUGCACUUUCUUCUAUUGUACUGCCUGUUCAUUUCCCCUCUCCCACAUCUCUGAAAUGUAUGCAUCUGCCUUAACACUGUCAAUUUUGAGAUCUAAUAUUAAUACGAUUUUCACUUA